AUGCUUCUUGGUCAGGCUCCAACUGGGGGACUUUUUGGAGUUCCUGCUGGGCAGAAGGUUGGCAUGGAGGACAUGUCCUGGAAAAGGAGGCUGUAUCUGGUCAGCCUGCUGUAUCCAGAAGGAAGCCGGGAUGCGGAGUGGAGGGGCGAGGGAUGGCUGGGCAUCUCUUGUAACGCUCCUCUCGUUCCUUCUGGGCAGGUGGACACUUCUGCGGCCAACGGCUCCUCGGAAGGCCUGAUGUGGCUGCGCUUGGUCCAGUCCGCCCGAGACAAAGAGGAGCAGAACCUGGAAGCUUACAUCAAAAACGGACAGCUGUUUUACCGCUCCCUCCGGAGGAUCGCCAAAGAUGAGGAGCUCCUGGUUUGGUACGGGAAGGAGCUGAGCGAGUUACUCCUCCUGAGCAGCCCCCGGGCCCCCAGCAAGAUGAACGGGGGCCCUCCCUUCUGCUGCCUGGAGUGCAGCCAGCGCUUCCAGUUCGAGUUCCCCUUCGUGGCCCACCUCCGCUUCCGCUGCGCCAAGAGGCUGCCGGGCCACGAGAGCAGCCCCGCCGCCGUCGAGGAAGCCAGCCCCAAAGGCAUCAGCAGCCCCAAGGACCCCUCCUCCUCCUCCUCCUCCUCCUCCAAGGGCCAGGCCCCGCCGCCGGCCCCCCACCGGACCCCGCACUACCAGCCCUCGGCCGCCCCUUCGGACAAAGCCCCCAAGCCCUCCACCGACUUCCACAACUUGGCCCGGGAACUGGAGAACUCCCGCAGCAACACCUCCACGAUGACAAGCAGCGGCGGCAGCAGCAUCGGAGCUUCCCCGAAGAGCCGGGAGCCGUCGGGGCUGAGUCCGGAGCCCCCGCAGGGCCAGGCGAGCAAGGCCAAGCGGAGAUCCCCGCUGGCGGAGGGCGAGGGGCCCCCGAGGGGCCGCCUGGAGAGGCCCAUCCCCUCCUCGCCGAAGGAGGAGCUGGUCUGCACCCCGCAGCAGCACUUCCGGCCGGCCGGCAGCUACUUCGGCCUGGAGGAGGGCGGCCGCCUCUUCGGGCCCCCGAGCCCUGAGACGGGCGAGGCCAAGCGCAGCGCCUUCGUGGAAGUGAAGAAGGCCUCGCGGGGGGCCCUGGAGGGCGAGGAGGAGAAGGAGCGGGGAUCCCCGGCGGCGGCGGGCGGCGGCCCACACGGAGACAAGCCCUCCCCGCCGCAGCUGCUGGGGCCUCGCUCGGGGGCCAGCGCCUUCUCGACGGUGCAGAGCUCCAGCGGCAGCGGAGGCGCCGAGGAGAGGAAGAGCGCCUUCUCGCAGCCGACCAGGGCCAGCUUCGCCGCGGCGGCGGCCUCCUCCUCUUCCUCCUCUUCUUCCUCUUCCUCGACGGCAGCAGUGGCAGCAGCGGCCGCCGCUUCGGCGCACGUCACGCAGCUGGUUCUGGGGCAGAAGCUGAGCGCUUUGGUGGAGAACGGCUGCCCUGGCGGCGUCGAGGGGGCCUCCCGGCUGUACCCGGAGCCCCUGGGGGUCAAGCUGGCAGGCUCCGCGGGGGAGAUGGGGGCCGGGGGCGGCGGAGGCGGAGGCGGUCUGCCCAAGCAGAGCCCCUUCCUCUACGCGGCCACCACCUUCUGGCCCAAGAGCUCGGCUGCCGCCGCCGUGGCUCCUCUGCAGCUGCAGGUGCCCUCGGGGCUGACGCUGCUGCCGCCCUCCUUCACCUCGCUGUGUCUCCCGGCGCAGAACUGGUGCGCCAAGUGCAACGCCUCCUUCCGCAUGACCUCGGACCUGGUUUACCACAUGCGCUCCCACCACAAGAAGGAGUACGCCCUCGAGCCCCUGGUCAAGCGCCGCCGCGAGGAGAAGCUCAAGUGCCCCAUCUGCAACGAGGCCUUCCGCGAGAGGCACCACCUCUCCCGCCACAUGACCUCCCACAACUGAGCCCCAGCAGACCCCCACCCCCAACACACACACCCGCCCCAGUCCCUCACCGGCCUGGAGGGGCCGCUCCGACACUUCAGACUGGUCGAAAGGUCCUCUGCACAACUGGCCAGAGAGGGAUGCAGUAGGCUCAGGCCCAUCCAAGCCCCUGGAAGCCUGCAUCCAGGGCUGAUGGGCUGCAGAGUUCCCAGAAUCCGGGGGUCAGAUGGGUCCAAAUGACCACAGCAGCAGAGCUGUCCAGAAAGGGAGCAGGUCCUGCAGAAGCUCAGGGCCAUACCCAAAGCUUCAACUGGGUCAGACGGGUUGAAAAGUCAACUGGAGAACUGGCCCCAAAGAGAGCAGUAUGCUCAUAGCCUGCGCACACCUGGAAGCAUGACUCCAGAAGGGAUGUGCUGCAUAAUUCCCAGAAUCCUGGAGCAGACUGGUUUAAGGGAGAAAGAAACUUCAUUUCUCAGAGUCCUUGGGGGACCCACUCCAAAGCUUAAACCGGGGUCAAACUGCUUGAAAUGUCAGUUGCAGAGGUGGCCAGAAAGAGAGCAGGCCAUGCAGUAGGCUCAGGCCCAUAUCCAAAGCUUCAGCCAGGGUCAGACUGGUUGAAAUGCCCAGAGUAGACUUGACCAGCAGCAGGUCAUGCAGUACACUCAUACAUGUCUUGCAUGCAUCAUGUGCUG